AUGAUACCUCCAUGGCUAGCAAUUAUAAUUGUCAUCGGGGUAAUUAUCGGACUGAUCGCAUUUCUGGUCCUAUAUUUUUCCCUACCGUCACGGAAAAGCUUUGAUCUCACCAAAAAGCAUGCUGUUGUAACCGGCGGAUCUAAGGGGAUUGGCAAGCAAUUAGCUCUCUCACUCUUAUCGAGAGGAUGCAAUGUGACCAUUAUCGCAAGGAAGGAAUCUGACCUGAGGGCAGCCUGUAAAGAGCUGCAGUCUGUGGCUGAUCAACGCGGUCAAAAUCAGAAAGUGCGUUGGUACUCCCUGGAUCUGACUAAAGGAUACCGCGAGGUGGAGUACGUGAUCCGACUGGCAGAAAAGGAGCUCGGGCCGGUCGACGCGCUCAUCAACAACGCCGGCACUAGUGUUCAGGGUGCUUUUGAAGAUCUGCCGAUUGAAGAUUUCGAGAAGCAGGUCAAGGUUAACUACCUUAGCGCUAUUUAUGCUACUCGUUGCGUUAUAAAAGGCAUGAAAUCGCGUCGAAGCGGCCACAUUAGUUUCGUGUCAUCAGCCGCUGGUCAGUGCGCCAUUUAUGGUUACACGGCUUAUGCACCGACAAAAUUUGCUCUCAGAGGUUUUGCUGAUGCUCUUCAGAUGGAACUAUCUCCAUACAAUGUCAACGUUUCUGUUUUAUACCCUCCAAACACGGAUACUGAAGGAUAUAAGGCAGAAUUAGCGAGCAUGCCCGAAGAAGUUCAGCUGAUUAGCGAGACGGCUGGCCUUUUUUCUCCGAAAGAGGUUGCUGAUGCUCAUGUUGUGAGUAUCGAAGCCGGUUACUACUCUACACCGAUUGGACUGGACGGAUGGAUGUUGAAUAUCCUGACAGCAGGUGCUUCCCCCGAAAGAAGUAUGAUUGAUGCCUUGACGCAGAUAAUGCUUGGAGGAAUAUUACGAGGAGUCAUGUUGGUCUACUUGGGUUACUUUACUGGCAUUGUAAAGAAAUGCUAUCGACGAAGAUUGAUUGCGAAUGAGCUACACGGUGAGAGAUAG